AAGGUAUCUUCAAAAAGCAAAACGGCGCCCAGCGAGUGUGUCCGUGAGUUCUUCCCUCACAAAAAAGAUAUCAGAGAGAGAGAGAUCAGAGUAAAAGAAAAGAGUAUUUCGGAGCUGAAUGGAGAAAAUCUGCGGCGCAGUCCGAUUGUCCCCUGAAUCCUCCACCACGGCUCGCCUUCUCCUCCCCUUAACCCGCAACCUCAGCCGCCAACACGGCGUCGUUUCUUUUAACCGCCUUGUCGGAGUGAGACUCCCUCACCGUCACCUCACCUCUCUCACAGCCCUCACCACCCAUUGUUCACCUUCACCAUCGCCCCUCGUCUCAGCAUCAGUGGCUACUGAGACAUCUGCUAAAGUUAUUGACGGAAAAGCAAUUGCGAAGCAAAUCAGAGAUGAGAUAACUGAGGAAGUAUCAAAGAUGAAGAAUGCUAUCGGUGUUACUCCAGGAUUAGCGGUUAUUCUUGUUGGGGAUAGGAAGGACUCUGCAACUUACGUGCGCAACAAGAAGAAAGCUUGUGAGUCUGUGGGGAUUAAUUCCUUUGAAGUUCGUUUGCCUGAGGAUUGUACAGAACAGGAAGUGCUCAAAUUUAUCUCUGACUUCAACGAUGAUCCUACGGUUCAUGGAAUCCUCGUUCAGCUACCUCUGCCUUCUCAUAUGAAUGAGCAGAACAUCUUAAAUGCUGUUAGCAUUGAGAAAGAUGUGGAUGGAUUUCACCCACUGAACAUUGGCCGUCUAGCCAUGCGAGGUAGAGAACCCUUGUUUGUUCCAUGCACGCCAAAGGGAUGUAUAGAGUUGUUGCAUAGAUAUGGUAUUAAUAUCAAAGGAAAGAAAGCAGUUGUAAUUGGCCGGAGCAAUAUCGUUGGAAUGCCAGCCGCUCUAUUGCUGCAAAGGGAAGAUGCUACCAUAAGUAUAGUCCAUUCAAGAACCAAAAACCCUGAGGAGUUCAUAAGAGAAGCAGAUAUUAUUAUUUCAGCUGUAGGCCAACCAAAUAUGGUUAGGGGCAACUGGAUAAAGCCUGGUGCAGUUAUUAUUGAUGUUGGAAUUAAUCCUGUUGAGGAUACAAAUAGCCCUCGAGGUUACCGUUUGGUUGGAGAUGUCUGUUAUGAGGAGGCCUGCAAGGUUGCUUCAGCUAUCACUCCAGUUCCUGGUGGAGUGGGUCCAAUGACAAUAGCAAUGCUUCUCUCAAAUACUCUUAUCUCAGCAAAGAGGAUACACAAUUUCCAAUGAAAUUUCUGAGUUUUUUGCUGCAAGGAAAGAUGCUUCAUUCACAACUUACAUUUCGUAAUCACCUUGUCCUCUACCAUGGGGUGUAUUCUCACUUCAGCCUAGAUUAGCAUUGGUUGUCACAGUUUUGAAAUAAAUUACUUAAUAGUCUUUAGAUGAAGUAAAAAGGGGUUUUAAAAUGAUUUCCAGUGGGCAAUUUAGCAGCAUUAUUUUUAUGUAAGGAUUAGCCCUCUGAAAACAUGGUAGUCAUGUAUUUUGCAUCGGAAGUGAAAGUGGGGAAAAGCUGCCUCUACUCUUGAAGAGGAAUGGUGUUUACAGAUAAGCUACUAGAACUCUUGAUUAGAUUUGUUUUCUGUGAAUCCUGGAGCCGACUGAAAGUUGUAUACAAUUUUUAGAUGCUUAAGUUUUGAAUGAUAGUUUUAAGAGCCUUGUGAGAA